CCAUUUUGACGCGAAUAGCUCGCCGUAUGUUUUAUCACAUGCAACGGCAACAGAGAGUCACGUGAUUGGAGUACCCGGAUUUUUCUGUUUAUAACCUAUACCUAGAUAUUGACAAAUUCGUUAGAAUAUUUUGCAAAACCCCUAACCAUGGGACAAGGUGAGGUGGACCGAGAUGGCGACAUCGGUUGCUGUGGAUACUGCCUGAUGUUUCUAUCCUUCAUCUUGGUGGUCAUAUUCUUUCCAUUUUCACUCUGCAUAGCAAUCAAGGUGGUGCAGGAAUAUGAAAGAGCUGUUAUUUUCAGACUGGGACGUGUGGUUGGAGGUGCAAAAGGACCAGGACUGUUUUUUCUGUGGCCAUGUAUUGAUGAAAUGCAAAAAGUUGACCUCAGAGUUUUGUCUUAUGAUGUUCCACCACAGGAGAUUUUGACUAAGGAUUCGGUGACGGUGGCAGUAGACGCUGUAGUAUAUUACAGGAUCUUUGACCCCAUUAUGUCGGUGUGUAACGUUAAUGACGCCUUUAGAUCCACACAGCUGCUGGCUUCUACUACACUUAGAAAUGUACUGGGUACCAAAGCCAUGUCGGAAGUUCUGUCAGAACGAGAAAGCAUCUCUCAAGAAAUGCAGCAUAUUUUGGAUGUGUCAACUGAUCCUUGGGGAAUGAAGGUUGAGAGAGUAGAAAUUAAAGAUGUCCGCCUCCCUAUCCAGUUACAGAGAGCUAUGGCGGCUGAGGCUGAAGCUGCAAGAGAAGCCAGGGCCAAGGUGGUUGCUGCUGAGGGAGAACAGAAGGCGUCCAGAGCACUGAAAGAGGCCGCUGAUGUCAUUGCCGAAUCACCCGCAGCACUCCAGCUCCGAUACUUACAGACUCUCAACUCAAUCUCUGCCGAGAAAAAUUCGACCAUCAUAUUCCCUCUCCCCAUCAACAUGCUUUCUUCAAUAAUGAAGAAGUAAAUCUUAUGUAUUAUAACCCUUUUAUUGGAUUUUUUACAUGUACCAGGUAUAUGUUUUGUGAUAUUAUCGUUACUGUGUACUAAAGCAUACAGUGGGCUUGAUUUAAACUUUUUGGGGAUUUCUUAAAAAGAAUUGGAUAAUUACAAAAACAAUAUUUUCAGCAAACUCCAAAACUGUUCUGACUACAUGUUAUUGGUUUUAUCUUAGUUUAUUACUAUGCUCUGUCAAAGAAUAUGUUAUUUAUUUUUUUAAUAUUCCUCUUUGUGGAAAUCCAUGUUUAUGUAGUGUUGUAAUUUUGAAUAAAGGUUCCAACUUUUAAAA